GGUUUCACUAUUUCAUUCAGCUGCAUAAAAUUUCACCUCAGUUUCUUUCCUCAGAAAAUACUUGAUUAUUUUAAAGCACUUGAUUUUCUUCCUCAAUUUUUAAAAAUUAACAAAUAUGGAAGCACUAUUGGAACGAGUUGCUUCUCUGGAAGCAAUGGUAUCACAAUUAGUAAAAUGGACAAAUUACAAACCUGGUACGAAAUAACCCGUUCCCCAUUCCACACGAAAAUGCCGACAUGGCCACGUCGUCCAAUCCAAUGUCGUCUGAUUAUCACAAUGUGGAUUCGGACGUCGAAAUCGAAAUCGAUCACACAAUUAAAGUUGAAUACCAAAAUGAAGAUAAUGUUCUUACCACAAAUUGUAAGUUUCCAUCGUGGGAGGGGGAACCGGAGGAAGGUGAAGUUUUUCUUGACGACCCACUUGGCGACAUUCCUGAUCCUGGUUAUUCAUCCACCCAACCACAAGUAUUCAUAGGAGGUCCGACUAAAAAGCGGCGUACUUCCAAAUCGUCUUGUCAAGUGGGAGCGAUAAAUUCGGAAACUUCACUGAACAUGAACAACAUCGGACCCAAAACCCGAUAUCCUUGUCCCACUUGUGGAAAAACGUUCAUAUAUAAGCACCUCGUGUUUAGACACGUUCUUAGCGCCCACAACGGGACGAUAUUCCUUUGUCGCUUGUGUGAAAAGAAAUUUCUCAAAAAGGAAGAACUGGACAAACACCUAGGGUGUCACACUCAUAAUAUGACUGAAUUACAUGAUUUUCGCUGUGUCCAGUGUGCCAUUAAUUUUGACACGCAUGACGAUCUCGACUCCCACAUUAGAUCCAGCCAUCCUGCAGUCAGUGCGUUCCAAAUUACAUAUAAAUGUUCACUUUGUGGGCGAGAAUUUAAACAGAAGUCGCUUCUAACUCGUCAUGAGAAAAGGCACAGGAAUGCUUCAGAAAGAUCACGGUUGAAAUAUUUACCGCCUUAAUUUGUACAAUUAUGUAGGCCAGAAUGGUAAAACCCGAUUUUGUUAUGACGCAAAUCUUAUGUAGUAACAGGUAUUUAUGUGCUGAUUUAGUAAGCAAGUAAAAAUAAGUAUACUUUUUGACGGAAAAAGACAGACUGGUAAUUCAGCAGUUCUCUUGUUAUAUUUUUCCAACUAUGCAUAUGUUCUGCUAAGGAGUCUGUAAAAAAUUUAGGAAAUUUGUUAUGACGAAAAUUUAAUAAUUGAAAUAAAAAAGUUAAGGAUUUUUAAAAAUAA